AGCGACCGUGGCCCACGGCGCAUCGCCAGAACACCGUUCCGCUCGCGCCGCGCGAGGACGUCUGGGCCCUCCCCCCCUCGACCAGCGACCAUAGCCCACGGCGCAUCGCCAGAACACCGUUCCGCUCGCGCCGCGCGAGGAUGUCUGGGCCUCCCCCCCCUCGACCGCGCCACCCCCGCCCUGCCCGCGGUCGCCCCUCCCCGCAGCGCGUCGCCGGCCCCUCUCAGGAGCGGCUCGCCGCCAUGGAGCAGAGCAUCUCCGGCCUGCAGGAGGGCCUGAGGCCGAAGCUCGAGGCCGCCCAGGUAUACUCGAGGGAUGACACAGACCGCAUGCUGAAGGAUUUCUACUGCAAGGGGGAGAUGGACGCGCAGAUCUCGCGGAUAUGGUGGCGCCUCGGGGAAGGCAAGACGAGCCUGUCCCAGCGCGCGAUGGCCCGGUGAGAGGGGCGCCGCGCGGAAUCCCGGUUGGGAGGCGGACAAGUGGGGGCGGACAGGCCAUCGGUGUGUAUGCUAUCCUGGCCAAGCCAGCAGGGUUUAUGCACCGAUCCCAGGCCUUGCCAGGGUCGGUGUAGGUUAUAUAGUUUCCGCCCUCCUCAUGGAGUGCGGACUUCGGGCUGGCUGUUCGCCGCAUGAUCGGCGGAGGGUUAGUCUCACCGUUGUUGGAUGCUGGCGCGCCCCGCGAAAGCAGUCCUGACCAUGUUGGGGGGAGGCGUGUUGGGGCUGCGAGGUUCUGCCCAAGCCUCCUCCGAGCCCGCCCCGGGCCCCCUUCUUGAGCAGCCUGCGCCUCGUCUUCCUCCGCCAGCCUUUCUCGACGACAUGAGGACAUGAUUGAUCUCGUCGUACCAUCAAACUGGGUCCACAGCGCCGAUGUUUUUCCAGUCGCCAGAUGCAGUUUUGGCCUCCUCGGCGCUGUUUGAGCCACCCUACCGCCAGUUCGCAUGAGCAAGUUGUGCGUGUGCCGAAUUCAAGGCAACGCUGUCGUCUUUACCUGCGGCGUUGGUAGGGCAUGCGCUGUCAACAUGGCUCCCCUCACUGAGGUCGCCCCUUGAGGUGCCAAGAUUUUACUGGGUGCUGCUGGUAAAGCUGUGCGGCGAAGAUUGCUGCAACACCCACGAAGGAAAAUCGGCUUACAUCGAGUCAUCGGCCUCUCCUCACCGUGCUCUCGUUGGCCCUCGCGUGUGGACGGCGCCCGUGGAUAGUGAAAUGUGAGAGCGUUGUCUGCUCUGUCACCUCUCUUUCUCU